AUGUUAACCACGGAUACUUUCUGCUUGGCGCUGCUCCUGGGUCCCUUGGCUGGGCUCUGCAUGGGGCUGGAGUUCACGGGGAGCCCGGGUUUGUGGAGCCGCUUCUCGCGUUGGGAAGCGGGCAGCCGGAGCGACCUGAGUUUCCAGUUUAAGACCAAUCUGCCCGAAGCGCUGCUGCUGUACCUGGACGACGGCGGCUUCUGCGAUUUCCUGCAGCUGACCAUCGCCGGUGGCCGGGUCCGGCUGAAGUUCAGCAUCGAUUGCUACGAAGCCUCGGUGGAGAUGGACAGGAGGGUGAAUGAUGACAAGUGGCACUUCGUCAUGGUCAGCCGCAACUUCCUCAGGACCGUGCUGGUCCUCGACGGGGACACCCGGUCAGCAGAGGUCAAGCCCCAGCGGCAGUACAUGAAGGUGGCCAGCGACCUGUUCGUGGGCGGGAUUCCCCAGGACAUCCGAGAGACCGCCUUGACUUCUGUCCUGGUGCAACGCGAACCCCCCUUCAAAGGAUUUAUUGAAGACUUGAAGUAUGGUGACUCUGCGCCAGUGCUGCUUGGAAGCCACUCGGUGAGAGUGGACAAGGAAGGGAUUUGCACUGAGAAUCCUUGUGAAAACGGUGGAGUAUGCACAUGGAUAGAAGGGGAGAUUACCUGUGACUGUACUAACACGAGGUAUAUGGGGCGGUACUGCACUGAAGAAGUCAACCGUGUGCCAGGUUUCUCGCAUCUGACGAUGGGCGAGCAAGCCAGGGAAGACAACUCUGCAACAUUCCGAGGAUCUGAGUACUUCUGUUACGACCUAUCCCAGAACCCUAUCCAGAGCAGCAGCGAUGAGAUCACUUUGUCCUUCAAGACCUGGCAGCGGAACGGACUGAUCCUGCACACAGGGAAGUCAGCCGACUAUGUAAACUUAGCACUGAAAGAUGGAGCUGUUUCACUAGUCAUUAACCUGGGAUCUGGCGCUUUUGAGGCGUUGGUUGAACCAGUAAAUGGGAAGUUUAAUGACAACGCCUGGCAUGAUGUCAAAGUGACACGCAAUCUGCGACAGCACUCAGGCAUUGGACACGCUAUGGUAAACAAACUACAUUGUCUGGUUACCAUUUCGGUGGAUGGCAUCCUCACUACCACAGGUUACACCCAAGAAGACUACACCAUGUUGGGGUCUGACGAUUUUUUCUAUGUCGGUGGAAGUCCAAGUACAGCAGAUCUACCUGGAUCCCCUGUCAGCAACAACUUCAUGGGAUGCCUCAGAGAGGUUGUUUAUAAAAACAAUGACAUCAGACUGGAGCUCUCACGCCUGGCGAGGAUUAAGGAUCCCAAGAUGAAGAUCCACGGCGACGUUGUGUUCACAUGUGAGAACGUUGCCACCCUUGACCCCAUCUCAUUCGAGACACCGGAGGCCUACAUCAGCUUGCCAAAGUGGAACACCAAGAAGAUGGGCUCGAUUUCCUUUGAUUUCCGCACGUCUGAGCCCAGCGGCCUCAUUCUGUUCACCCAUGGAAAGCCACAGGAGAGGAAAGACUUGCGGAGCCUGAAGAAAACCAAAGUGGACUUCUUCGCUGUUGAGCUCUUGGAUGGGAACCUGUUCUUGCUCCUGGAUAUGGGCUCUGGUGCGAUCAAAAUCAAAUCUACUACCAGGAAAGUGAACGAUGGGGAAUGGUAUCACGUGGAUAUACAACGGGAUGGUAGAUCAGGCACCAUAUCCGUGAAUAGUCGACGCACCCCAUUCACAGCAAGUGGAGACAGUGAGAUUCUUGACCUGGAGGGGGAUAUGUACCUUGGAGGCUUACCAGACAACAGAAUGGGCUCCAUCUUGCCCACAGAGCUGUGGACAGCCAUGCUCAACUAUGGCUAUGUUGGCUGCAUCAGGGACUUGUUCAUUGAUGGGAGGAGCAAGGAUAUCCGACAGUUGGCUGAGGACCAGAAUGCGGCUGGGGUCAAGCCAUCUUGCUUACGUGUGAACACGAAGCAAUGUGACAGCAACCCUUGCAAGAACAAUGCAGUGUGCAGAGAAGGUUGGAAUCGGUUCAUCUGUGAUUGCACAGGCAUGGGCUACUGGGGGAGAACGUGUGAAAGAGAGGCAUCCAUUCUCAGCUACGAUGGCAGUAUGUACCUGAAGAUAGUCAUGCCCUGGGUAAUGCACACAGAAGCUGAAGAUGUCUCUCUCCGAUUCAUAUCCCAGCGAGCCUAUGGCUUGCUCGUGGCUACGACCUCAAGGGACUCAGCUGACACUCUGCGCCUGGAGCUGGACGGAGGGCGUGUAAAGCUGACAGUCAACUUAGGCAAAGGACCAGAGACAAUUUAUGCUGGACAAAAGCUCAAUGACAAUGACUGGCACACCGUUCGAGUGAUCCGCCGAGGGAAACACCUGAAGCUGAUGGUCGAUGAGGUCACUGCAGAAGGUCAAAUGCUGGGUGACCACACACGGCUGGAAUUUCACAAUAUCGAGACUGGGAUCAUGACGGAACGGCGCUUCAUCUCUGUUGCGCCAUCCAGCUUCAUCGGGCACCUGCAGAGCUUGAUGUUUAAUGGAAUGAUGUACAUAGAUCUGUGCAAAAACGGGGACAUUGAAUACUGCGAAAUAAAUGCCAGGUUCGGCAUGAGGUCCAUUAUUGCCGAUCCCGUCACUUUCAAAACCAAGAACAGCUAUUUGACCUUGGCGACUCUGCAGGCGUACACAUCCAUGCAUCUCUUCUUCCAGUUCAAGACCACAUCUCCUGAUGGAUUCAUUCUCUUCAACAGCGGAGAUGGCAAUGACUUCAUUGCUGUGGAAUUAGUUAAAGGGUACAUCCACUAUGUGUUUGACCUGGGAAAUGGGCCAAAUGUUAUCAAAGGGAACUCUAAAAAGUCCCUGAGUGACAAUCAGUGGCACAAUGUAGUCAUUACUCGGGAUAACAGCAACACGCACACUCUCAAGGUGGAUGCUCGAUCUGUCACUCAGGUUAUCAACGGUGCCAAAAACCUGGACCUGAAAGGUAAUCUUCUUACCCUGCUCCCUCCACUCCCCAAAAAUAACCCCAAUUCAGUCAUUCCCAGAUAAACCUUUCAGUGAUGUCUUUUUAGCAGUGUGGAUUAUCUGGGACAACAGGGGGACCUUGUCUGCUCGUCUUUGACUAGACAGGGAGAAACUCAGAAAGGAUGCCAAGGUCCCAGCACAACCUGCCAAGAAGACUCAUGCAUGAACUAUGGGAUCUGCAUCCAACAGUGGGAAGGGUACACGUGCGACUGCUCUAUGACUUCGUAUAGUGGCAGUCAGUGCAAUGACCCCAAUGUGACACCACUGUUUAAAAAAGGAAAAGGUUUGUUGAUGUAUUCUUGGCCCUUCAAUAGGAGAGAAGGCACCUCAAGUGACUCACUGGCUUUGGGAUUUUCCUUAACCCUAAGGGAUGGUAUCAUAUACAGGGUGGAUAGCAAGAAGCUUUUUCCCAGAGUGGGGGACUCAAUCCACUUACACAUCGAACAAGGCAAGAUCAGCGUUGUUUUCAAUGUUGGCACAGAUGAUAUCGUCAUCAAGGAGUCCAGCAAUGUAGUGAACGAUGGGAAUUACCACUUAGUACGUUUUACGAGGAAUGGGGGCAAUGCGACCUUGCAGGUGGACAACUGGGCUGUAAACGAAUUCUACCCGACAGGAAACAUUGAUAAUGAACGCCUGGCGAUUGCUAAAACGAAAAUCCCCAAAAAAUUCAGAGGAAUAGUAUUUGAUGAGUGGCUACAAGAGAAAGGCCGCAUGCUGACAAUCUUCAAUACGCAGGCUAUGAUUACAAUUGGGGGGAAGAAUAGGAGCCGCCCAUUCCAGGGACAAAUGUCUGGUCUUUACUACAAUGGCUUAAAGGUCCUUAACAUGGCAGCAGAGAGCCAUCCCAACGUCAAGGUCAAUGGAACCGUGAGGCUGGUGGGAGAGGUGGCCCCUGUGAUUGUCAGCCAGCCAAUGGCGACCACCUUACCGGCCGAGAUGUCCACCACCAUCAUGGCAACGACCACAACGAUGGCAACCACCACAGCCAGGAAGGUCCGAGGAACAAUGAAGGUCAACCCGGUCACCGAUGACCUUAUUGUUUCCUCAGCUGAGUGUGCAAGCGAUGAUGAGGACCUCGAUGAGUGUGAGCCCAGCUCAGGUGGGUUAGAGGCAACAAAAUCCUUUCUUGCCAUCGAACUCGGCAGAAUGGGUGGUGACUACUGCCCUAGGCUGCCAAAGAAAGUUGUACUGGCUCUGAUCCAAGAGCCCCCAGCCAUGACAAUGGAGGCUCAGACUGUACCUUUCCCAGAGUAA